GAGAGAAUGCCCGCUCCACAGUUCAGAGUCGGGGAUACUAGUGUAGCUCCGCUUUGGCACUACCGCAACCCACUGAUUCUCUAAAUUAGUAGACUCCCUGACAAUGCUCAGAAUCGUGAACCAUACAACUAUACGUGUAGUUGCGCUUUCGAGGGCACGGAGGUUUAUUUCCGUUCAGUCAAUACUGCACGGUUCUCCCGAGGCCAAGGAAGCAGGAGAGGUCGACAUACAGCAACAUUCUAGGUUAGUUGCCCGGGGAAAAUAUGUGCAUGGCUUCGAAGUUCACAGAGUGAAGCCAGACGCGGUUGAAGUUUAUAAACAUGCAGCUGCCAAAUACUAUGCCGGAAUUAAGAAUGAUCCAGAACUUCAUGUGAAGUUGACAGGCAGCUGGGAAACUAUUGUUGGAGACCAAGAUGCUUUUGUUCAUAUUCUCGAGUACGAGAAUUAUGCUGGCUAUGAUAAGACCACCGCUUUAAUUAAGAAGACUCAUCAUGCAAAUGCCUAUAGAGAACUUCUUCCUUCUGUAACAUCUCGUACAUCCCAGCUAACUCAAGAAUUCGCAUUUUUCCCCACGUCGCCUCCACAUGCACAGGGUGGUAUCUUCGAACUUCGAACUUACCAAUUAAAACCGGGUACUCUUCUUGAAUGGGAGAAUGCAUGGCGGAAGGGCAUCGAAGCACGUCGAAAAUUUGUCGCUCCGGUCGGUGCGUGGUUCUCGCAAAUAGGAAGGUUGCAUCAAGUUCACCACAUGUGGCAAUACCCGAGCCUCGAAGCCAGGAAAGAAAUGCGUGAAAAGGCUUGGCAAAUUGACGGAUGGGCAGAAACAGUGUCCAAGACUUCGCAACUUGCCAAAUUCAUGGAUUCUUUCGUUCUCCUUCCACUUCCUUACAGCCCCCUGAAAUAGCGUUGUCAUGUUUAGACAGGGAGUUUCAUUUCACUUUUCACUUACGCCAUGUUGUCUUGUGGUGCUCUCGUACUUAAAAAAAUUUACCGCACUGAAUAUGAUAACCCACACGCCUUUGUCAGGCGACGCCGUGGGUUGAUUCGAUCUACGAAGCGAGCCUCCGUCAUGUCAUUGUCAUCCAGUUCCUCGUGACAAGCUUGUGCUAUAAUAAGCAGUAUAAUCAUAGUAGCUUAACUAAAUAAAGCACGGCGACUAGCGUUCU